UUCCCCUUAAAAAAGAUGGCGGCUCAGGCGCUUCCUGCGGGUGCCCGGCCCGCGCGUCCGGGCAGCUUCGGGGGCGCCGUGAAUAGGGUUCCGGAGCCACAGGCCCCUCAGUAGGCGGCGGCGGCGGCGAUGGCAGGUGGACGGUCGGGCAGCCGCUGCCGCUGCCGCUGGGGAACGCCGCUGCCGCUGCUCGCGGGCAGGGGUCUGGGCCUGGGCUUCCUGCUGCUGCUGUCGCUGGGGCCGCCCGCGCAGAGCCGGAGCCUCCGCUUCGUGAUUUUGCUGUACCGCCACGGAGAUCGGUCCCCCGUCAAGGCCUAUCCCAAGGACCCCUACCAGGAGAGCCAAUGGCCCCAAGGCUUCGGCCAGCUCACCAAGGAGGGGAUGCUCCAGCAGUGGGAGCUGGGCCAAGCCUUACGGGAGCGCUACUGGGGCUUCCUCAACGCCUCCUACCACCGGGAAGAGGUUUACAUCCGGAGCACAGACUGUGACCGCACCCUCAUGAGUGCCGAGGCCAACCUGGCCGGACUCUUCCCAGUGGAGGGGGCACAGGCCUUCCACCCAAACAUCACGUGGCAGCCUAUCCCUGUGCACACGGUUCCAGAGGCCCAGGACAAGCUGCUCAAGUUCCCCCUGGGCCCAUGUCCUCGCUUCGAGCAGCUACAGAAUGAGACUCGCCAGACCCCCGAAUACCAAAAUGAAACGGCUCGCAACGCUCUGUUUCUGGAGAUGGUGGCUAAUGAGACAGGAGUCCCAGACCUGACACUGGAGACGGCCUGGAACAUCUACGACACUCUCUUCUGUGAGCAAACCCACAAACUGCGCCUGCCGCCCUGGGCCUCGCCCCAGACCAUGCAGCGCCUUCGGCAGCUCAAGGAUCUCAGCUUCCGGUUCCUUUUUGGGAUGUACCGGCCCACAGAGAAGGCCCGGCUCCAGGGGGGGGUCCUCCUGGCCGAGAUCCGGAAGAACUUGACGUGGGCGGCUUCAGCCGCCCAGCACCCGAAGCUGCUGGUCUAUUCGGCGCACGACACCACGCUGGUGGCCCUGCAGAUGGCCCUGGACGUCUACAACGGCGAACAGGCUCCUUACGCCUCCUGCCACAUGUUUGAACUUUACCAGGAAGACAAUGGGAACUUCUCAGUGGAGAUGUACUUCCGGAACGACAGCACUGAAGCUCCCUGGCCCCUGGCCCUGCCCGGCUGCUCCCAGAGCUGCCCCCUCCCAGACUUCUUACGCCUCACUCUGCCCCUCGUGCCCGAGGACUGGGACCGGGAGUGCCAGGUGACGGGCAGCCUGGCGGACACAGAGGUGAUCGUGGCCCUGGCCGUGUGCGGCUCCAUCCUCUUCCUGCUCAUCCUGCUGCUGCUCACGGUCCUCUUCCGGAUGCAGGCCCAGCCUCCGGGGUACCGCCACGUGGCCGAUGGGGAAGACCACGCCUGACAACCACUGGGCCCCCUCCCUCCAGCCUCAGGGAGGAGGGGGGCUGGCCCCUGGCCCCCGGCCCCCCUCCACUCGAUAGGCAGGAGCACCCUAUGAUUGUGGCCCAGCUAGGGAGGCCGGACCCCCCUCAUCCAGCAGCUGCCGCCUUGCUGCCUCCUCCCUCCCGACCCGGGGGGACAGAGCGCGGGCGCUUCAUGCUGGGUAAGUACCUAGCCGGAGGAUGGGGCCUUGCUGCGCCAGGGCAAGAUGCUCCAUCUCUUCCACCACCCCCAGGCCUAGCAUAGCCAGGUACUGAGGUCAGAAGCCUCGGGCUCAGCUGCUGCUGCCCCCUCCUCCACAUCCUGAGCUGGCUUGAAGAAUGUACAUAAAGGGGUGGGGGGUCCCCACAAGCCCCUGGCAAGCGCAGGUCGUGAGCUGGAAAGCCCUGGGCUCCGGCCCGGGGGAAUGAAAAUGUUGAACUCUC